AUGUGUUAUCAAGUCAUCCGAUUAUUUGAAUGUGGUCACCACAGCCCCUCGAUAAACGUUCCAUGCAAUCAGCCUUCUAAUGACUGCGGUGGUAUCUUCCUGAGACAGGAGAUUGAAGAUACAAAAGGACUAUGCGAGCGAUGUCAAGAGGCUACGGAGGUGAGAGGAACAGUGGCGGGACCGGAAGAUGAGGGAUAUUGGUCGUGA